AUGGAAAUUCUUGGAAAUACUCUUGGACAAAUUGCUGGGGAGAAGGCUGGGAUCUUCAAGCAUGGCGUUCCAGCAUUUACUGUACCACAGCCUGAAGAAGCCAUGUCUGUUCUUGAAGAGAAGGCUUCACUGCUGAAUGUACAUCUUCAACUAGCAUCACCGGUGGACCCUAUCUUGCUUAGUGGUCUGCAACUUGGGCUUGAAGGCGAACACCAGUAUUUAAAUGCUGGUCUUGCUAUUGCACUAUGUUCAACUUGGCUUCAGAGGACAGGUCAUGUGGGGAUCAAUUACCUAAACCAGACUACCUCUCUGCCUGAGGAAUUCAUUAAAGGGCUAACGACAGCUGCUCUGCAAGGACGGGCCCAAAUUGUACCUGAUCGGUUCAUUGAGAAUGAAAGCUCGGGGGAUCUUGUGUUCUACUUGGAUGGUGCUCAUAGUCCUGAAAGCAUGGACGUCUGUGCAAAAUGGUUUUGUCUUGCAAUCAAAGAAGAUUAUAAUUCUUUAGCUAAUAGGGCUCAUAACGAAUUGAGCUCACCACAUGAAUCAGGCCAUAUUAACAAUCAUAAAACUUCAAAGAAAAGUUCCACUCAGAUUUUGUUGUUUAAUUGCAUGUCCGUGAGGGACCCUCAGUUGCUUCUUCCACGUUUGAUGAAUGCAUGCUCAAGUCAUGGAGUCCACUUUAAGAAUGCCCUAUUUGUUCCAAACACAUCGGUGUAUUACAAGGUAGGGACUGGGGCCUCACCUCCAACAAAUUCUGAAGUAGAUGUGUCGUGGCAGUUGACUCUUCAAAGACUAUGGGAAGGCCUUGUUCAUGGGGAAAAAGGUGUUUCAGCUACAUGUACAGAUGCAAAAAAUGCUGACUUAACGUGUGAAGCAGGACCUGAUGACACCCAAAAAGGGAUUCAGAAUUGUGAGAGCAGUACAGUGUUUCCUUCACUACCAUUAGCUAUUAAUUGGCUCAGGGACAACAUCCGAAAAAAUCAAUCUGUUCGCUACCAGGUCCUAGUUACGGGUUCAUUGCAUCUAGUAGGUGAUGUUUUGAGAUUAAUCAAGAAGUAA